AUGGAAGUCAUCGGUCUUCGGUAUGUCACUAACUCUUACGUUGGCACGGUGAUUUUAGGUUCUCGAUUCCGUCAUGGAGGAGAAGUGGAAAUGCUUGUAGAAAUGAGUAACACAAAGCAAGAAAAAGUUAAAGCCGAACAAUUUAGGUGGACAAAACCUAUGUCUCAUAUGUUGCUUGAGAUUUUGGAUGAGGAGGUCUGUGAAAGGGAAUAA